UUAGGAUAUUCCGAAUCAUAAGUCAAAACUCAACAACGCUGUCACCAUUCUUCUUCUUCUUCUUCUUUUCCUCCUCUUUCUCUUUCCCUCUCCCUUUCUGAUCCAGAAAAUAUUUUGACCCAUUUUGGCUGUACAAAUAAUAAACCUAUAAUACCAUUCAUCUGCCACCGAAAUCUACAACAUUUCAGUGAGCAUAGAAAGUGGGGGGGUUAGAGAUGUCUGGAAACGAAUCAGCAGAAUUAGGGCAGGUUGAUGUUGAUCCAUCAGUCAGGCAAGUUUGUGCAAAUGGGAUUUGCAUGCAAACAACCGUUGUUGAAGCAAAACUUGAUGAAGGAAACAUUCAAGAGGCUGAAUCUGCAUUGCGUGAUGGUUUAUCCCUCAAUUUUGAGGAAGCGCGAGCUCUGCUUGGAAGAUUGGAAUAUCAAAGAGGAAAUGUGGAAGGUGCUCUUAGGGUGUUUGAUGGUAUUGAUCUCCAAUCUGCCAUACAGAGAAUGCAGCCUUCUGUUACUGAGAAACAACCUUCUAAAAAGGGCCGCACUCGCAGCGUUGAGUCUGUGCCGGGCAUCUCACAGCAUGCUGCUGGUCUGGUGCUCGAGGCCAUAUAUUUGAAAGCAAAGUCCCUUCAGAAGCUUGGGAGACUGACUGAGGCUGCUCAUGAGUGUCAAAGUGUGCUUGAUGCUGUAGAGAAGAUAUUCGAUAAUGGAAUACCUGAUGUACUUGUGGAGAAUAAGCUGCAAGAAACCGUCAGCCAUGCUGUUGAGCUCCUUCCAGAGCUAUGGAAGCAAGCUGGUUGCUAUUCUGAAGCAAUGACUGCCUACCGCCGUGCCCUCUUAAGCCAAUGGAAUCUUGAUAAUGACUGCUGUGCAAGGAUUCAAAAAGCUUUUGCUGUGUUUUUGCUUUAUAGUGGGGUUGAGGUAUGCCCACCAAGCUUAGCUGUGCAAAUUGACGGUUCUUAUGUACCUAGGAACAAUCUGGAAGAAGCAAUCCUGCUGUUUAUGAUUCUAAUGAGAAAAGUUUACCUUGGUAAGAUCAAAUGGGACCCUUCAGUUUUAGAGCACCUUACAUUUGCUCUGUCUGUAUGCAGCCAAACCUCUGUUUUAGCUAAGCAACUUGAAGAGGUAAUGCCAGGGGUACUUAACAGGAUUGACCGAUGGCGAGCUUUGGCUCUUUGUUAUAGCGCAGCCGGACAGAACAAAACGUCCUUAAGUCUGCUGAGGAAGUCUCUGCAUAAAGAUGAAGAACCUGAUGACAUUCUCUCACUGUUGUUGGCUGCUAAAAUUUGCUCUGAGGAGGUCUAUCUUGCUGCUGAGGGAGUGAAGUAUGCACAGAGGGCAAUAACUAAUGCACAGGGUUCAAAUGAACACUUGAAAGGUGUUGGUCUCCGCAUGUUAGGUCUCUGUUUGGGGAAGCAGGCUAAAGUUGCAACCUCUGACUUUGAGAGAUCACGUCUUCAAUCUGAGGCUUUGAAAUCUUUAGAUGGUGCAAUGGCUUUAGAGAAUGAAAAUUCAGAUUUGAUGUUUGAGUUAGGUGUUCAAUAUGCAGAGCACCGUAAUCUGGAUGCAGCUUUGGGCUAUGCAAAAAAGUAUCUUGAUACAACAGGAGGAUCUGCUCUAAGAGGUUGGAGACUGCUUGCUUUAGUUCUGUCUGCUCAACAACACUAUACAGAGGCUGAAGUAGUUACUGAUGCGGCCUUAGAGGAGACUGUAAAGUGGGAUCAAGGACCUCUGUUAAGAAUGAAAGCUAAGCUAAAAAUAUCCCAGUCGCGGCACAUGGAUGCCAUUGAAACUUAUCGUUAUCUCCUUGCACUGGUUCAAACUCAAAGGAAAUCUUAUGGACCGUUCAGAAAUGCACCUCAGGCGGAGGAAGAUAACGUAAAUGAAUAUGAAGUUUGGCAUGGCCUGGCAAACUUGUACUCUAGCCUUUCACAUUGGAAGGAUGCAGAGACAUGUUUGGAGAAAGCUAGAGCGCUUAUCGAGUAUUCAGCAGACACUUUGCAUACAGAAGGUGUGAUGCUUGAAAAACGGGGAGAAAAUGACAAAGCGUUGGCUGCGUAUGUAAAUGCACUAUUAGUAGAGCCUAAUCAUGUGCAAUGCAAGAUCUUGCUUGGUGCUUUAUUGGCUAAAAUGGGGUCGAAAAUGUUGCCAUUGGCAAGAGCAUUAUUCUCGGAUGCAUUGAAGAUCGAACCUACCAAUCGCGUAGCUUGGUACCACUUGGGAUUGGUUCAUAGAGACGAUGGACGGGUAGCUGAUGCUGCUGAUUGUUUCCAGGCAGCUUCCAUGCUUGAAGAGUCUGAUCCCAUUGAAAGUUUCAGUUCCAUCAUUUGAACAUUUCCAGCUAUCUAAAGGUCAAAUGCUUAUUCUUUGAUUCUUUUAUUUAUACUGGUUUUGGUUACAAUGUCCAAAAUCAUCCUUAGAUAACAUACAAUUGGUAGGCUUUUUUUGGAAUAACUUCUACCUCAAUGUUUAAAGAAGUUUAGAUUAAUUGUACUAUACUAUCAUUUUAGAUUAAUGUUGGAAUUCUUUGAUCA